UUGUUCACUGUGUUGUUAUUCUAUUUUCGCUGUUGCUUUGUAAUAUUUGAAUUCGUUCCACUUGUUGGUUGGAGUUUUACUUGGAUCCGUUGAAAUUUGUGCAAUUACACGACCUCAUUGAGCCUAUGCUAGGGAUUGAGUUCAUUUUUGCCUCCUGGGUGCAAUGCUUGAGUUCUCUUGGUCAGGUUUCUUUUAAUCUUCCUUUUUCUCUUCUUCUUUCAAAUCCAGCAUUAUGUUUCCGGUGUUCUUUUCUUUCUUUGCAUCAUCAUUUUAUGUGGUCAAUAAAAACACGCUUCCAAGUAGUAGUAGUAGUAGUAGUAGUAGUAGUAGUAGUAGUAGUAGUAGUAGUAGUAGUAGUAGUAGUAGUAGUAGUAGUAGUAGUAGUAGUAGUAGUAGUAGUAGUAGUAGUAGUAGUAGUAGUAGUAGUAGUAGUAGUAGUAGUAGUAGUAGUAGUAGUAGUAGUAGUAGUAGUAGUAGUAGUAGUAGUAGUAGUAGUAGUAGUAGUAGUAGUAGUAGUAGUAGUAGUAGUAGUAGUAGUAGUAGUAGUAGUAGUAGUAGUAGUAGUAGUAGUAGUAGUAGUAGUAGUAGUAGUAGUAGUAGUAGUAGUAGUAGUAGUAGUAGUAGUAGUAGUAGUAGUAGUAGUAGUAGUAGUAGUAGUAGUAGUAGUAGUAGUAGUAGUAGUAGUAGUAGUAGUAGUAGUAGUAGUAGUAGUAGUAGUAGUAGUAGUAGUAGUAGUAGUAGUAGUAGUAGUAGUAGUAGUAGUAGUAGUAGUAGUAGUAGUAGUAGUAGUAGUAGUAGUAGUAGUAGUAGUAGUAGUAGUAGUAGUAGUAGUAGUAGUAGUAGUAGUAGUAGUAGUAGUAGUAGUAGUAGUAGUAGUAGUAGUAGUAGUAGUAGUAGUAGUAGUAGUAGUAGUAGUAGUAGUAGUAGUAGUAGUAGUAGUAGUAGUAGUAGUAGUAGUAGUAGUAGUAGUAGUAGUAGUAGUAGUAGUAGUAGUAGUAGUAGUAGUAGUAGUAGUAGUAGUAGUAGUAGUAGUAGUAGUAGUAGUAGUAGUAGUAGUAGUAGUAGUAGUAGUAGUAGUAGUAGUAGUAGUAGUAGUAGUAGUAGUAGUAGUAGUAGUAGUAGUAGUAGUAGUAGUAGUAGUAGUAGUAGUAGUAGUAGUAGU